AGCCAUGGACGCCGGCUUGGAAAGAUGCUUCUUUGCUGAAUUUUGCUCGCUCAGCCGUGAUACCGUCGAAGGAAUAAGCCUGUGCUGUUUGCCUCGAUGCCAUGGCAGGAGAAUAGAUACUUGAUUUUUCUGCCUAUUUGACAUGAGUGCCAUAAAUUUGCCAUAUCACAAUCAGCAAAUUUUUUAGUUGGGAAUAAAGAGGUUUUUCUGCUUUGUACCUUGAGCGUACCAGUGUUUUGCAUCCGGAGUUCCGGACGUUGCCAAUGAUGAUAUAACCAGGGCGAAUAUGUGCACAUUCGAUUCAAACAAGAUGAAAAGUGCGAUUUGGAAUAGAGAUUGAUAGUUGGACAAGGACUCGAGGUUGCUUGUCAGUACUCAUCUUUCUGAAACAUUGAAAUCUCACCUGAUGGAUAUUGCAGGAUAAUUGAAAUCUCACCUUAUUGCAGGAUAAGAAUGUGUGCAUAGCAUCUGGAUAUUUGUAUAUGAACUAAGAGUGUAAAUAUCUUUCUUUAUACAUAUGGUUGCCAUGUAAAUGCUCCCUGUUUGUUGAAUAAGUUAACUGAGGGCAAAAUGUUUAUAAUGUGGCAUGCAGAUCCAAGUUGCCAGAAUACAGUGCAGAGUUCCUCAAUAUGGGUGGACAAUCCAAAAGCCAGGUGUUCUAUCUUUGCUUUCCGUCGCCUAGUGCAGCAAGUGAACCCUCCGAUCUUUCAGCAUGUUAUCCUUGACCUUCCGGGGCUUGCAUUCUUCACUACCUAUGCCGUGUUAGCACUUUUUUGGGCUGAGAUACUUUAUCAAGCCCGUGGACUAAUGACCAAUCGACUUCGAUUAGGUUUCUACACCAUUAAUGUUGUUGUAUAUGCGUUGCAGGGUUUUUUAUGGCUAUGUUUGUGGUGGAAUCCAAAUCAUUCGAUGCUAGUCAUUUCGAAGUUAUUCGUCGCAGGCCUUUCCUUUUUCACUGCCUUCGGUUUUCUGCUAUAUGGAGGGAGGCUUUUCCUCAUGCUGAAAUAUUUCCCCCUUGAGUCAAAAGGGAGGCAACAAAAGCUGAGAGAGGUCGGCAGAGUUGCCAGUAUAUGUUUCUGUUGUUUCAUGGCACGGUGCAUAAUGAUGUGUUUCAAUGCGUUUAACAAAGAAGCUGACCUCGACGUUCUUGAUCAUCCCGUCCUUAAUUUCUUCUAUUACCUGCUUGUCGAAAUUCUUCCUUCAUCACUUGUCCUGUACAUACUGAGGAGGAUCCCUGCAAAGCUACAGCUAUCGCAGUAUCACCUCCUCAGCAGCGGCUAGAGGAGGAGGCGUUGUCAUCUUCUAAGCUGCUGAAAGCCUGAAACCGUGGUGGCCGAUGCGGAGUCAUAUACCAAUGCAAGAGAAGCCCUUUGUACAACACUUGUACAGAUACAUCCGAAAUUUCCUGUAGACCAUCUGUAGCUGACCCUGUUAGUUCAGCGUAGAAUGUGCUGCUUCCAUGCAAUCAUUUGUUUCUUAAUGGUACAUUGGUAUUGAGAGCACAUUCACUGCGUUCGGCUGGUCUUGUAGCCUCCAGCGCUACAGUAA